AUGGAGGGCAACUUCUACGUGUCCGACGUGGUGAUCGACCGCGAGCUCAGAUCCAAGUACGGCAUGGCUUACAGCAAGUGCCCCAACGAGUCGAAGCGUUAUGGGCAGUGCGUUGAAGCCGGCCAGAUCAACCGCAACCUGCAGCGUGACAGCUGCGCCGAGGAGCGCCACGCACUCCGCGCAUGCGUCGCGAAGUAUCUUCGCAAUAUCGCCAUCGGGAGCAGGGCUUCCUGUGCUGCCAGUCGUGGUGCACAGAAUCCGUGA